GUUCUUAACAAAUAAAAUGGAGUCCCCUGUGCCCAAAUAUUUAUAAUUUUAUACCUGAUUCCUGAACCUCAGAACCUGAUACGGUGAGGUGAGCAGUUGAGACUUGGAGAGAGGCGGAGAGCAGAGAAUCAGAGAGAGGCUGAGGCAGAUGAGACCAGACUGAACAGUGGAGACUGGAGACUAGAGAGAGGCGGAGAGCAGAGACUAGAGAGAAAGUGUUGGUAAAGUUGAACAUUGUCACAAGGGCUGCUGAAUUUUUUGUUAGCUGAUUCAUUCUACAGGGUGAUGGAUCGACAGCCUCAUGAUUAUGCAUCGGCUUCCGCUAUGGCAUAUGCCCAACAGCAGCGACAACCUCCUAACAUGCAACAGCAGCAACAGUUUGGAUUUCCUCCACAGCAUCAACAGUUUCCUCCAUCGGUGCACGGUCCUCCUUUCCUACCCCCACAUCCUUCUCUCCAACAAUUCCCUUAUCACCACCACAUGCAGCAGCAACCACAGCAGCUCCAUCCACAUCCUCACCUUCUUCAUCUUCAGCAGCAACAGCAGCCACAACAAGCUUUCCCUCCACAUUUAGCCCCUCCUCUCGCUCCUCCGCCUUUUCAUGGACUAUACGAUGCCCCUCCACCUCCAGUUUCUCCCCCUUCUGAUCCAGAGCUCCACAAGCGCAUUGACAAACUUGUUGAGUAUUCUGCAAAGAAUGGCCCUGAAUUUGAAGCUAUGAUUCGUGAAAAGCAGCAAGAUAAUCCUGAUUAUGGCUUUCUUUUUGGUGGGGAGGGACAUGCUUACUAUCGUUAUAGGCUUUGGUUAGCUACACAUGCUCCAGGUGGCCCCUUCAAUUCUCCUUUUCCAUCCUCUUCUAUACCUAUGAUGCAUCCUCCUAAUCCCAUGAUGAGUCCAUCUCCUUUAAAUGCUCCUCCAAUAAAUACAGCAGCUGCAGGUGUUGGGGCUUCAGCAUCAAUGUUGGGUGCUCAAAUGCACCAACCUCCUUUCCCACCAUUCUACGACCAGCAGCAGCACCAUCAACAUGCUCAGACUUUUGGGAUUCAUGGUCGACCAGAUUAUGACCAGUCAUCCAAGUCUUUCAGAGGUCUUUCUGGACCACUUCCAUCCGAUGUUGCACUGGAGCUCAACAAUGUGCUGAAUAAUCUUAAUGGUACAAAAGAGUCGAUUAAGGGUGCCAAAAUUUGGUUUAUGCAGAGAUCUCCUUUUGCACCUGCUCUGGCUGAGGCACUUAGAGACAGGAUUUUUGUCCUAGAUGAUUCUGAGCGGCAACUGCAUAUAAUAUACCUUGCCAAUGAUAUUCUUUUUGACAGCUUACAGAGGAGGACAAGCCCCGAUUUUGAUAAUGAAGCCCACGCAUUUAAACCUGUUUUAGGUUCCAUGCUUGGGAGGAUUUAUCAUAACCCUCAAAGCAAGGAGGAAAACCAGACAAGGUUACAGAAAAUCUUAGAGUUGUGGGCUUCUAAAGAUAUUUAUGAUCAGAAUACUAUCGAUGCACUUAAGGCUGAGAUGAUUGGUGGACCACCAACUAUAUCUUUCCCAGGGCCUCCUACAAUUAGUGGUUCAGCAGAUCCAGCUGCUGGAUUGCCACAGAUGUCAAACCACAAUAUCCAACAAUGGCAAACUGAUAGGAGCUUAUCAGAUCAAGAGCAUCUUGAUAAACAUGCUGCCUCUGCCCAAGUCAUCCCACCAUCUGUAGUGAGCCAGCAAUUUCUCCCUAAUUCAGUCCCUGCUGGUGCUUUUGUGGGAUCCAUGUCCAUACCAUCUUCUGUUCAACCUGCAAACCAACAAGCUGCGCCCCAUUUAUUGCCGGGUAUGACUAGUAGUGGUGAAAAAUUGCCGCCAUAUCCUUUAUUUCCACCUGGUCUUAUUCCUGGAAUGGUCAGAAAGAUGCAGAUUGGUAGCGGGGUGCCUUACUCUCCCAUGAGCCCUUUGGACAUACCAACUGUAAUACCUCCAUCUACUGUACCUCAAUCCGAAAUUCUUGAGAGAGUGUCAAAAUUCUUCAAAGAAAUUGGAGAGGUUAACCCUUCUGAAGGGCCCAUUAAUUCUGAUUCAAGAGAUGAAGAUGAUGAGUACGAGUAUGACAGAGAACCUCAAGUACGAAAGGGAGGAGCUUGCAUCCCCCCUCCCCCAAACCUGCAACUGGACCCAGAGACAGGGACUUAUGCUGAUGGAAGUGUAGAUCGGAAACCAGGAUCAACUAGCUCUGGAAGGCUGGGACUUGGGGCCACAGCUAAUCCAAAUGAGGUGAGUCAAUAUGAUGAUGUUUAUACAUCUUACAGGAAACAAAGAAGCACCACGUAUCACUCAUCCAUGAGUGCAAGAGCUGCUGCCAGGUAGAACUCAUGCAGUUAUUUGUCAUCAGAGAUUGUAAAAUAAGGCUGAAUUUGAAUGGUUUACCUGAUUUCGAAUGGCGACUUGACGUGGAGCGACAAACUUAAUUAACCUAUGGUGCCAUCUAGAAUUUUGAUUUUGAGAAAUGUUAAUGUUUUCAUGUACUAACCAGAUGUAAACAGUUUGACGUAUUGUUAAAUCAUACAAAGUUUCUUUUCAUCUUAA